AUGAGUAACUUCAGGCAGAUCCUGAAAGAGAUCGGGGAGUUCGGGUUGUUUCAGAAACGUUUGGUGGCUGCGUUAUGCAUUCCCAGCCUUUUUGUAGCUUUUGAUGUGAUCUGUCAGGUGUUCACCGGCCUGAACUUCCCACAUCACUGUAACACUGACUGGAUCCUGAAGCAGGGGCCUAACCUGACAGAAGAGAGACAAAGAAAUCUCACCCUGCCAGUGAACAAGGAUGGGAAGUAUGAGAGCUGCGAAAUGUUCACACCUGUGGAUCUGGAUUUGGAAACAAUUGAAGCGUAUGGGAUUAACAUAACAAAAGGAUGCAUAGAUGGAUGGGACUAUGAUGCACCGAAAGCUGCUUCUAGCAUUGUAACAGAGUUUAACCUGGUGUGUGACAGCAGCAGUUUGAUCGAGGCAUCACAAUCCAUCUACAUGGCAGGUCUUCUGGUUGGAGCGCUGGUGUUGGGGCAGAUGGCUGACAGGUUCGGUCGACGCUUUGUGGUUCUGCUCUCACACUUUCUCCUGCUGUUGUUUGGAGUCGGAGUUGGCUUCUCACCCAAUAUCUAUGUCUAUAUGGUGCUCAAAUUUUUGGGUGGCAUUGCUAUUUCAGGCAUUAUUGCUAAUGCUUUUGUGAUAGGUGGAGAGUGGAGUGAUUCCUCCAAGUUUGCUUUCUGCACCAUUAUUUGCCAUUCGUCUUUCCCUCUUGGACUGAUGAUUUUAUCUGGCACUGCCUACUUAAUCCGCAACUGGAGGAUCCUGCAGUUUGUGCUAUUCAGCCCUCUUGUCAUUGUUGUGGGAAUCUUUUACUGGGUACUUCCAGAGUCAGCUCGCUGGCUCAUCACCCAGGGAAAGAAGGAGGAGGCCAUCAAGGAGGUCCGGAGGGCAGCCAAGGUAAAUGGGAGGAAGGUACCAGAAGAUCUGCUGCACAAGAUGGAGGUUGAGGAUACUGCAAAAAAAGGAACCAUGUUGGAUAUCUUCAGGUUAUCAUAUCUAAGAAAACGUGCUCUUAUUAUGAGCUAUGUCUGGUUUGGAACAAGUCUGAUGUACUAUGGACUGAGCCUGAAUGUUGGCAAUUUUGGUCUGGAUAUCUACCUCACACAGUUCAUCUUUGGUUUAGUAGAACUUCCGGCACGUUUAGGCAGUUUGCCUCUUAUCCAGCACUUUGGGAGGAAAAAAAGCCAAGCAGCGGUCUUAUUUGCUGGAGGUGCUGCUUGUCUUGUUAUACUUGCUAUUCCAGAAGAUCUCCCUGUAGUGGUAACAGUCAUAGCAGUACUUGGAAAAUUUGCUGCAACAGCUAGUUUCUCCGUAGUCUACGUUUAUACUGCAGAACUGUACCCUACCACUCUAAGGCAGAAUGGUGUAGGUCUGAACUCCAUGUUUGCUCGUGUUGCGGGCAUCCUCGCUCCUCUGAUCAGACUGCUGAUAGUCUACCAUCACACCAUCCCCAUGCUGAUUUAUGGCUUCGUUCCAAUUACUGCUUCAGCAUUUUGUGUAUUACUACCAGAAACCCUCAAUGUUGAACUCCAGGAUCAUCCUGAACUCAUAGAUCCAGUGAUGGUUAUUAAGCUAGGAUCCCCUACAGAUGAAGAAACAUUAGGGGAAGGCACAAAAUUGUGAAUUGUGGUUGUAAGAGUGUUUAUUCUUGUGUAUGUGUGUGUUUGUGUGUAUGUGUAUAGCUAAGUGUGUGUGUGUUUGUGUGUGUGGCUUACAGAAAAGGAGUAUGUUUGCUCUUAACUUAUAUCAAUGUCAAUAAUUUAUCAGAGUGGAGUAACUGUAGUGCAAAGCUUACAUUAAA